UAUCUCCCCCACUUCAACUAUGUAUGAUAAACCUCGAUACCCCUCCGUUCCUGACUCUUGCAUCUUGAUAUUCUGUCCUCAUUCCCAUUCCCAUUCCCACUCUCAUUCUCACUCUUAUUCUCACUCUCACUUUACCUACUGUUACUCCUACAUACACACCAUGUCUGCUGAAACAAUCACAACCAUCUCCCCCACCACCAACUUCCCAGUCGCCACCAGGACCGGCGUGACGCCAGCGGACCUGCAACGCAUCGCAGAAACAGCCCAGGCUGCAUUCCGCUCCUUUUCUCAAUCCACGACCCUGGAACAGCGCCAGAAACUCGUUGAUCGAGCCCUCAGCAUCCUAGAGGAAAAGAAAGAUGCGCUCGCGAAGGAAGUAACGGAGCAAAUGGGCCGGCCGAUUUCAUAUACUCCCGUUGAGGUUCUGACGGCCGUCAAGCGUGGUCGGUACCUGAAUCGAAUCAGCUCGUCCGUGUUAAGUGAAGAAGGCGUUGUCCAUGGGGAUGCUGAGGAGGGGUUCAAGCGGUAUAUCAAGCGCAGACCAGUGGGGGUUUCGUUGAUUAUUUUUGCCUGGAAUUAUCCCUACUUGAUUGGUGUUAAUAGUUUGGUCCCUGCUAUAUUGUCUGGAAAUGCUGUGAUCCUCAAACCGUCCCCUCAAACACCCACUGUCGCGGAGCAGUUCGCUGCUGCAUUCUUGGAGGCUGGUCUUCCGGAGAAUGUUAUUCAGUAUUUCCACUGCGGAACGCCCGAGUUGCUUGAGCCUCUCAUUCGAUCUCCACUGGUCAACAAUAUCUGCUUCACUGGCUCUGUGGCUGGCGGACUGGCUGUCCAGAAGAUUGCUUCAGACAGGAUAGUAAACGUCGGUCUGGAGCUGGGUGGUAAAGAUCCGGCAUACGUUCGGGAUGAUGUGAACGUAGCUUGGGCCGCGGAGGAAAUCGUUGACGGUGCAAUCUUCAAUAGCGGUCAGAGCUGCUGCGCCAUUGAGCGAGUCUACGUACACAAGAACAUCUAUGAUUCGUUCAUUGCCGAGGUCAAGAACGUGCUGAGCAAAUACCGUGUCGGUGACCCCUUCAAGACCGAGACGCAGAUCGGCCCCGUCAUCUCCAAGCGUGCAAAGGAGACCAUCCUAGCACACAUUGCAGAUGCUGUCUCGAAGGGCGCCAAAGACGAGACACCUGCGAAUGCAACCUUUGAGAACUUCCCAUCGGACGGUAACUAUGUUAAGCCCACGCUGCUGACAGGAGUCAACCACAACAUGACAGUCAUGAAGGACGAGACAUUCGGCCCCGUGAUUCCGGUGAUGAAAGUCGAUAAUGACGAGGAAGCUGUCAAACUUAUGAACGAUAGCGAAUUUGGUCUUACAGCAAGUGUCUGGACCAAGGAUGUUGCUCUUGCUGAGAACCUGAUCGAGCGAGUCGAGGCAGGAACCGUUUUUAUCAACAGGAGUGACUAUCCCAGUCCGGACCUUGCAUGGACCGGCUGGAAGAACUCUGGCCGAGGUGUAACAUUGAGCCGAUUCGGUUUCGACCAGUUCCUCAAGUUGAAGAGCUAUCAUGUCAAGAACUACCCUAAAUAAUCCUGUAUCUCGAAUUCCUACCCUCGUUUGAUUUGAGGAAGAAAAGCAAAAGACUAAUUAUAGACAAAAUAAACUGAGUAUAUGCACCUUUCCGGCUAGAAGUGGCUAGUCAACUGCUGUAGUAGGACCGUGGCGGUAGAUAUCCGUCAAUAUCUGCUAUUUCUGGCUCGACAUGCCUUCUGUUACUCCCUCUUACCGAGAAUAACCCUGAAGAAUUCCCGAGUAUGGAUCUUCAAGGAAAAGAAGAUAUGAAAAGAAGAUCUCCAGUGCCUAAUAUCCUAGAAAUUCGAUACAUCAUAUCAUUGAAUACAAUGGUCUUUCUUGCUUUUAGGGUACAUAUAGAU